UCUUUGCCACGUCAUACAGCGGAGCUGCUGCUGGGCGGAAGCGGCGGCCAAAACACCCACGGUGCUCUGCGUAAGUAUGUAGCCCAGCCUCAUUCAGAACUAACGCUUAUUCCUGUUCGUUAUCUCCGCACGGAAGUUCACCUGGACGGUAUCUCUCUGGGCUUUUCACUGACAGAGAUUGUGGAAUGCUGCUGGACGAGUCUCCACUUUUUGAUCCCUCUUUGCUUCGGGAGUUGGACUGGAACAGCAACACUGUGCCCUUCUCUCCCCCGAUUUCACCAUCCAGCCCAGGAGAUGACCUGGUGCUCAGGCCGCUUUGUACAGCGGAUUUUAAUAGAGGGUUCUUCAAAAUUUUAUCUGAACUUACGAAGACAGGCGAGGUCACACUGGAGCAGUUCGUCAGUAAGUUCAAGCAUAUGAAGACAACAGGAGACUACUAUGUUGUCGUUGUGGAGGAUACAAACCUGGGACAAAUCAUUGCCACAGCCACGCUGAUCAUUGAACACAAAUUUAUUCACUCCUGUGCCAAGAGGGGCCGAGUGGAAGAGGUGGUUGUCAGUGACGAGUGCAGAGGGAAGCAGAUCGGGAAACUGUUACUAUCAACGCUUUCUCUUCUCAGCAAAUCACUGAACUGCUAUAAAACCACCCUGGAAUGUGCUCCCAAAAACGUGGCUUUCUACGAAAAAUUUGGCUAUGGCGCUUCAGACGAGACUUACAUGCAGUUGCGAUUCUUCGACUGAGACCUGCAGCUUUAAACACCCCCCAGUUCUUGGGGCAUGGACCAUUUUUACAUCUGACAUCAGCACUUAUAAGGGUCUUAUGCACUGAUGGGGGUGCUCCCCUGGGAAUUUGGUUUGAUGUUGAAUCUUACCUGACAAGGCAUCUUGGUUUCUUCAGUAAACGUCUCGGUUCAUUGAAGCUGUUUGACAUAAUAAUCGACCCUUUGGUAACUGCUGCUACCUCACCAGGGUGGGUAUUUGCUGUUAUUUUUCUUUCUUUCAUCUUAAAGAGAUAAUUGCCAGUUCCUGCAAAUGUAUUAUCUUAUAUUCUCAUAAAUAAGGAGUAAUUGUUGAGUAUAAAAAGGAUAAUAGGCAUAAUUUGACUGCCACGCUACUGUUGGUAAAAACACUACAUUUGGCUCUUGCCGUAUGGAAAAAAACAUCAGCUAAAACCAGUGGUUUUUCCAUCAUUCUUUCAAGCCACAUAUUCACAUUGAACAAUUCAAUCUAACACUAUAGUUUUCUUCCACCAAAUAAAAGCAACUCUUUUUAUCUGAUGUUCAUGAGGAACUACCAUGAGAUCUGGGUGUUUUGGUUUCACUUUUCAGUUGUUUUUUUUUUUCUUGUCCAUUUCUUGAUCAGUUUUGUUGUGGGACACCUUGAAUUAAGUUUCAAAUACCUGAAGACUGUUUAACUUUUUAUAGUGGAUGGGGAAAAAAAAAACAUUUAAGAGGCAGUAGUGAUGAUUUAAUGAGGUUUUUGUUUUUAUUCGGUAACAACUGGAUCUAGGGUUAAGUAUUUUGUAAGAAGAAUCAAGUGAUUUGUGUAAAUUCAUUUUUAUUUAAGAUUUUGUAGUUAAGUUUUAUAAUUAUCUUUAUUCUGGGGAACAUAUUUAAAAUAACUUAUUUCCAAAUGUCAAUCUAAUAAAAUAUUCUAGGAUCUAU